UCUGCCUGAGGCCUCACCUCCACUCACACCCCAUCACCCACCACCCCCCGAAUACAGACUGCCGCUCAUCCCCCUGGCCCCCGGCCCCCUCCCCCGGGACCCCUCUCCCUCCACCUCCUGAGCUCAGGCCUCCAGCCCCGGGCCCCUCCCCCGUGCCGCCGCCCCUGCCAGCUUCCUCGGGGUCGUGGCGCUGCAAGCCGGUGGCCGUGCAGAGCGGCGAGCCUCGUCGCCUGGGGAGCGCAGACGCAGCUGCUCAGGAGGUGGGAGGUGCGGGGGGGUGGGGCCUGGGGGCCUCCGUGGAGCCCGGGGCUGGAGGGUGGCCUUGCCUAAGGGGCCGAGGGCGCCCGCACCCGGAGGAAGGUGGGGAGACGCGCGGGGGCCCUCUCCUCUGGGAGCUGGCCGAGGGGCGUCCGAGGGGCGGCGGGGGCCGGGGGCGUGGGAAGGCGGGGCCGCGGGCCGGGUGCGGGGAGCGCAGCGCCCUGGGCGGGGCGCCGCGGGCUGGGGAGGGGGCGCGCUCGCGGCGGGUCUCUGCGCCGCCUGGGUUCCCGGCGCGGGGCGGCGGCGGCGGCGGCGGGAGGCAGAAGAUGCGGGCUCCGGCGGCGGCGGCGGCGCGGGCCCGGGAGGACGCGGGAGGAUGAGGGGGAGGCCGGCGGUCCGGCCGCGCGGCGCCGGGAGGAGGCGCAGGCGGCGGGGGCGGCGGCGGGCGGCGGCGGGCGCGCGGGGUGCGGGCCGGCUCGGGCGCGGAGGAUGAAGUGGAGCGUCCGCGGGGCCUGCGCCGCGCUCUCCGCCUGCCUCCUGCUCGCCUGCGCGCUCAGCGCCGCCGCCGUCGGCCUCAAGUGCUUCUCGCUGGGCUCGGAGCUCCGCGGGGAGCCGUUCCGCCUCGGGGCGGCCGCCGGCGCCUUCUACUCGGGGCUGCUGCUGGCCGCCGGCCUCUCGCUGCUCGGCGCCGCCCUGCUCUGCUGCGGGCCGCGGGCCGCGCCUCUCGCGGGGCCGGGCCCGCGACUCGGGGUCCCCGCCGCCCCGGCCGGCGCUCCGGAGACCGCGCCGGGCGCGCCGGGGGCCGCGGCCGAGCCCGCGGGGCCGGGGACCAGCCAGAACCUGCUCCUGCUCGGCGCCCUCGUCUUCAUGCUCGGGGUCCUGAGCGCCUUCGCGGGCGCCGUGAUCGACGGCGACGCCGUGUCCCUCGUGGAGCGCAAGUACUCCCACUACUGCCUGCCCCCGCGCGCGCCCGCCUCGGCCCCGGCCCCGGGCCCCGCGGCCCCCGCCCCCGGCCCGGCCCCCGGCGCGCCGCGCGCCCGCGCCACGCCCGCCAAGUGCCGGCAGCUGAAGGACUACCAGCGCGGCCUGGUGCUCUCCACCGUCUUCAACGCGCUCGAGUGCCUGCUGGGCCUGCUCAGCCUGCUGCUGGCCAAGACCUACCGCGCGGCGCGGGCCCGGCGCGGGCGUCGCGGACGGCGGGGAGGCCGGGCCCCGGCGCGGCCCCGCGGCGGCUCGGGGCUCCGUGCGCCGCCGCCCGCUUCCUGGGUGCGGCGAGGCCGGCGGGGCCGGCGGCUGCAGCACCGCCCGAGCCAGGCUUCCAUCCUGGCCCCGGAGGAGUCGGACUUGGCCGCCCCCGGGGACUGCGCGGGCUUCGCGGCGCACCACGCUGUCUCCUACAUCGACGUGGGCGUCGUCCGCGCGGCGGACGAGGCGGGGGUGGAGGUGUGCUGCGGCGGGCACCCGUCCGUGGAGCUGCCGGGGUACGCGCCCUCGGACCCUGACCUCGACGUCUCCUACCCCUACUGCUGCCGGCCUCCCCGCGAGACGGCGCGUCCCUGGGAGCCACGACGCGCCUGCUGAACCCCGAUCCCGAACGGACUCGCGGGCGCCUCCCCAGCCACCACCAACGCGAGGCGCGCGGGGGCGGCGGGGCCGAGCCAGGUGUCGCCUCCCCCGGGCUGUGGCCGGCGCCUCUCUCCGAGUACCCCCGCCGCGAGCCCGGCCUCCAGUGUUACCGUUUCUGUGUCUGGGAGGUUUCUCUUCGCCGUGUCUGUCCGUAUCCGGAUUCCAUUUUCAAGUUUACAAUAAAUGUUCGGGGUCAGCUCGCCCCCACCGCACUUCUCUUUGGCAAGUCCCUUCCCUGGGCGAGGCUCCCAGGUCCCCGGUGCGAGCUGGCAGGGGAGGAAGACCCCCCUCGGAGCGGACAGAAGGACAACUUCCGGAACGAAAGACAGGACGCACCGCCGCCGGCAACACUUUGUACACGGAUGUGCCUGCUUUUGUCGAAACUUUCUUACUGUAAAGCUCCAUAAAUGGUGACGAUGUUUGGUAAAUUAAUUGCAAUUUAAAA